GUGACAGCCUGCGCUCGGCGGUGUCUCCUGCUCUGAUUCGCUGUAACCUCCCUCCACCUGGCCUAUGCUGCUAUUCUUUGCGAUAUCCCACAGCACCCUUCCUACUCUAUAUUUAGACAUUUAGAUGGCGCAGCAAAUGUGUAAAUAUUUACCAGCACGCUUAUUGAUAGUGAUAUUUUCUUGGCAAUCUGUUUUGUGUGUGAGGAAAUCCAGCGUCCCCGUUUUCGGGUCCCUAUUGUGUGUGUGUGUGUGUGUGUGUGUGUGUGUGUGUGUGUGUGUGUGUGUGUGUGUGUGUGUGUGUGUUUGUAGGUGGACGCGCGUGUUUGCCCGUUUUGUAGCCUCUAUAAUAAUAAUGCAUUAGCAGCAAAAACCUGAAUAUCCCCCCAUCCCCCAUCCUUGGAUUGCUUUAGCCCUAUUUGAGAUUAAUCUGAGGCUCACAGUCAUGGCAUGGGAUAGCAGAGUGACAGUGUCCCACACCACUGAAGGCUUCAAAAUGGGAAAGAAAGUGAAGAAAGAGAGUGCAUCUUCAUGCAAGGAAACGUUUGAACCACUGCCUAUUGAGCUCAAAUCGCCAGCCACAGUAAUGCUGCUGCUGAGCUCCCCAGAGGAAGAGGUCUUAGUGAAAGCCUGUGAAGCAAUCUAUAAAUUUGCAGAGAGAGGAGAUGAGAACGAGGUGGCUCCACUGGGGCUUGGGGCACUGGAGCCUCUCUGUCAGCUCAUCAAUCACAACAACAAAUUGGUCAAACGCAAUGCCUUCAUGGCCCUGGGCAUCAUGGCCGCCAAUGGUGAAGUGAAAAAUGCUCUGAAAAAAGUAGAUGUCAUUCCAUCAAUCAUUGACAAACUGUCACUUGAUGAGGAUACAGUUGUCCAUGAGUUUGCCACUCUGUGCCUGGUCUCUCUGUCAGUGGAUUUCACCUGCAAGGUGCAGAUUUUUGACAAUAAGGGGCUGCCAUCUUUAAUUCAGCUCCUGUCCAGCCCAGACCCAGACGUUGCAAAGAACACAGUGGAGACUAUUUUCAACUUGGUUCAGGACUACCCUUGUCGCCAGGCAGUACAUGAGCUGGGUGGGAUCCCUCCACUGCUGGAGCUGUUGAAGUCGGACUUUCCUGUCAUUCAGCAGCUGGCUUUAAAGACCCUGGCCAAUGUCACCACUGAUAAAGACACACGCACCACCUUCAGGGAGGUGCAGGGCUUCGAGAAACUCAUGGACUUCCUCUGCAAUGAGGACUUCAGUGACCUUCAUGUGGAGGCCUUACAGGUGUUGGCUAAUUGUGUGGGGGAGAGCGAGAGUGUCCAUCUAAUCCACCAGGGGGGUGGACUGACCAGGCUGAUGCAAUUUGUCCUCACCCCCUCCGGACCUGAGGUUCAGUCCAGUGCUGUCAAAUGCAUCAGCAGAGUGGCUCAGAACUCUGAGACCCGUAAGCUGCUCCAUGAGCAAGAUGUGGAGAAGACUUUGGUGGAGCUUCUGUCUGUGGAGGGUGACAUUGUGAAGAUGUCCGCCUGCCAUGCUGUUGCUGCCAUGAGCCUCCAUCUAGCCAGCAAGGACAGCUUCAGAGACCUGGGUGGUAUCCGUGUAUUGGUGCAGUUACUUGGCAGUGAAAGUUCAGCACUGAGAGAGGCAGCAGUGCAGGCCCUCUGUAACCUCACAAAAGGAAGCCGGAUCAAUGCAUUUGCAGUGUAUGAGGCAGGAGGCCAUGAAAUCCUUGUUCAGCAGCUCCAUGACAGCUGUCCCAUGAUGGUAGUCCACACUGCUGCCACCCUUGCCAACAUGGCUGAACAGGAAGUCAUCCGAUGUAGCAUCGUGUCACAGGGAGCUGCACAGGCCCUGGUGGAGCCUCUAAAGUCAGUGAACCCAGAGAUCCUUGUCCCGGCCACACUAUGCCUGGCAGCACUUGUGUGCAAUGCAGAGGCAAGGGCUGAGCUUAACAGUGCAGGUGGCCUCCCCCUAUUGGUCAACUUGCUCUGCUCCAGUCAUAAAGAAGUGCGUCAAAAUGCAUGCUGGGCAGUCAGUGUUUGUGCCAGUGAUGAAUCCAUUGCAUUGGAGAUGUGCAAAAUUGGAGCUCUGGAACUGCUUCAGGAAAUCAACCAGUCUGUGAAUCGUAGGAGCAAGUUCAGUGAGUUGGCCUUGGCCAGGCUGCUUGACGCCAACCUAUCUAUCAAAUACAGCCUCACAGGCUAUUUGACCUCCACAGACAUUACCUCUGAUGGCUUCUACGAUGCUGGAAAGCUUCGUGCAGGUCAGAAGGCUCUUACUCUAGAGGAACUUUCCAAGCAGCCAGUAAACAGGCACCAGCCCAUCAUUGCUGUCAACACAGCAUCAGAAAAAGGGAAGUGGACGGAGGAUGACAAAUAUAAAGAUGAGGAUAAUCAAAAGGCCCAGCUUGAUUCUGCUACCCAGAGGUCAUGGAUGAUGAUGUGUGAUGCUUCACUGCAGAGUCUAGUUACUAAGGCCACCAAAUCCAUCCUCCCACUGAAUGACAAAAGCGAGCAGUACACUGCCUUGGCCAGGUUGGUGAGUCAAGCCAUGGGUGGGCCAGUAGAGAUGGACAAGUUGCAUGAGUUCCCAUGGGAGCUUCACCUCAGCGAACUUAAGUUUGCACUACAAUCUAAUGUUGUUCCCAUUGGUAUGAUCUGUAAGGGGAUCUACUGCCACAGGGCAAUACUCUUUAAGUAUCUGGCUGAUCGUAUAGGUGUGAGCUGCACUCUUGUUAGGGGUGAGUAUAACCGGGCUUGGAAUGAGGUGCUCAUCUUCAAAGGGCCCCCUUCUGUCCCUGGGUGUUCCCCUCAGCCCUGCCGCUACAUAGUGGACCUCAUGCACCAGCCUGGAAGCCUGCUGAAAGCCAACAGUCGCGCUGCUAUACAAUACCAGACGAUAUAGACCUACAUGGUAGAAUAGAAAUAGCACAUAAUACCAUGCCCAGUCACUUCUCUACUAUGUAUUGUUGCAUUUGCAUACUGAAUGUGUCAUAUACUGUAUGGCAGACUUCAGCAAACAAUUGAGUAUUAUUAAAAUCUCAUGUGUUGAUUGCUUCUGUGCAUGAAAACAUGAGUCUAACCAGGAGCACAGUGAUUUGACCUUUGGCUCUUCCUUAGUGUCUCCACUAUGUUGUAACUAAAGAGACAAGUCCAGCUGCUGCCAAUCAGUGAAGGCCAAACAUGGUCAAACUGCAAAUCAGAGCUGGUCAACAGGGUGUUUUUUUUUUUUUUUUUGCCUCAGA